ACAUAAAUUAAAUACUUUCAACCAAAUAUAGAAGCUUCUAAUUUAAUUUAAUUCUCAUUCUCAUCGGUGUGUAAUAGAACGUAUCUUUUGAUUUCUUUAAAUUAUUCAGCGAAAGUCUGAUUAGUUUGACUGACGGCGGCAAUGAACGGAGAAGAGUUGACCGAGCAGGAAACCGCUUUGUAUGAUCGCCAAAUUAGGGUUUGGGGGGUUGAUGCCCAGCGAAGGCUGAGCAAAUCUCACGUAUUUGUCAGUGGACUCAAAGGCACUGCUGUUGAGUUCUGCAAGAACAUUGUUCUGGCAGGGGUAGGAAGUUUGACCUUGAACGAUGAUAACCCAGUCACAGGAGAAGCACUAGCUGCUAAUUUCUUAAUUCCCUUUGAUGAAAAUAUGGGUGGUGGAGGUUCUCUUGCGGAGCUUUGCUGUGAUUCUUUGAAAGAUUUUAAUCCGAUGGUUCAUGUUUCUGUUGAAAAAGGUGAUUUGUCAAGCUUUGAUGUAGAUUUUUUUGAAAAAUUCGACAUUGUGGUCAUCAGUUGCUGCUCACUUGCAUCCAAGAAAUCAGUUAACGAGAAAUGUCGCAAGUUGUCUAAGCGAGUUGCGUUUUACACUGUAGAUUGUAGAGACUCUUGUGGUGAAAUAUUUGUGGAUCUGCAUAACUAUUCUUAUGCCAAGAAAAAGGCCGAUGAGACCGUUGAAUGCCAAUUGCACUAUCCAUCAUUUGAGGAAGCAAUUGCAAUACCCUGGAGGUCACUUCCAAAGCGAGUGGCAAAGCUUUAUUUUGCAAUGAGAGUGGUUGAAAGAUUUGAAGAGGUGGAAAGGCGCAAACCUGGAGAGACAUCCAUUGAGGAUCUGCCAAAUGUCUUGAAGCUUAGAAAUGAACUAUGCCAAGCACAUUCGCUUAACGAAUCACAGAUUCCAGACCCUCUUCUAGAGAGAUUGGUUGUGUCAUCAAAAGAAUUUCCUCCUGUCUCUGCAGUACUUGGGGGAAUUCUCGGCCAGGAAGUAAUUAAAGCGAUAUCUGGCAAAGGUGAUCCUCUAAAAAAUUUCUUCUUCUUUGACUCGGUGGACGGCAAAGGUGUCAUAGAGGACAUUUCCACAUUUUAAAACUGAGAUCCAUCCAGGUCAGGAAUUAACUCUAGAAACUAGCUGAAGUUUGUAACCUGAAUUGUUAGAUUUGAGGGAUCUGUUUUUAGUUAAGGGAUAUCCUCUUUGGGGGCAGCUUUUAUCGGUUCUUCUAAUGGUGACAUUGUUUAAUGAGAAUCAAAUUUAAGUAUUAUUAUUCUGUCA